GAAAGUUAACAAGCUCUCACUUUUUCUUGUUCCCUUCAGAUGAGAACACUCAUGAGUCCAACGAAGAUGGAGAGGGAGAAGGACAACGACUGAGGAGAAGAAGAAGAAGGAGGAAGGGAACAACAGCUCCAGGAGGAGGGACAGUCGCUGGCCAGGCUACAGACUCCAACCCUGGGGAUCCAACCAUGGCUCCGACGCCCACGAAGGAGGAAGGCGAGCGGCUCAGCAAGAACAAGAGGAGGAAGCUAAAGAAGAAACGCCACAAAGAGAAGCUCCUGUCUCUGGGUCUGAUGCCCCGCGCUGCAGCUCUGGAGUUCACCUACCAGAGAGAGGGGGAUAGGGAGGAGGAGGAGGACGAGGAGGAGGAGGAGGAUGAAGAGAUGAGGCAGAGAAGAGCAGCUGAAGUGAUGGACUUCCUCAGGACCACACAGGAGAUCUACGUGUCUGAUCGCAGGCUUCAUGUGUCCUCUGUGGUAGUGGAGGGCCUUCUGACCAGCCUGUCCAAUGGAACAUUCUCCCCUGCUGUUUUGGCCCAGCUCCACAGCCUCAAGUCCCUGGUGCAGCAACAGGACACAGAGAGACUUGCCAAGGCUCUGCAGGAGCUCCAGAACAGCUCUACCAUGUCUCCUAGUGAGGCCACUGCAGUUGUGUCCCUAUUUCAAUACUGGAUCACAGACAUCCUGCCCCUGCAGAGACAGGAAGACAGGCCAACCAACAACACAAACCUCUUAGUCGAACCAACGAACAACACAGCCUUAGACUUUCCUAGAUGUUCAAGGUUUUAAACAAUACUACUGACGGAAAACG